AUGUUCAGUAAGUCACAGCAUGAGGAUAUUUUUGAUAUUAAAGCUGCACAAGUUCAAUAUGAACAAUGUUUUGUGCCUCUUCUUUAUCAUGAACUCUGGGAAGAAAUUAAGCGUGAUACGAAGGAGUAUGACUUAUUAAGAAAUGCUGGCGAUAUUGAAAUUCAAAUUAACGAACAUAAAUAUAAAACUACACGAUUAAUAGAUCAAUCUGAACCAGUAAUUCCAACUGCCUUAAUUUUCGCGACAUCCCUUAAUGUAGGUACUGGAAAAAGUAAAACAAUUGCUGGUAUUGUUAUACGACUUCUACCAAAAUUAAGCGAAGGGAAAAAAAUCUUACUCUGUGCACCAUCAAACAAUGCAUGUGACGAACUGCUCAAGCGAAUUUUAAAUGAACUUGAUUCUAAAUAUGAAACAGGUUAA